CUAUCUCUCCAUAAAUAUAUAUCCAUUCUUAGUUUAAAUAAAGACUUCUUCUUCUUCUUCUCAUUUACCUUUUUCUUUUAGAGAUCUCCAUGGCCUUAUCUUCUCCAAGGUCUCCUUUCUCUUCAUCAAUGGAGAGAACCAACCAAUGGGUUUUCUCUCAAGAGAUCCCAAGUGAUAUCCUUGUCCAAGUCAAUGAUGUCCAGUUUCCUCUCCACAAGGUUAUGCUUGUGGCCAAGAGUGGAUACAUAAGAAGGAAAAUACUAGAAUUGAACGGGGCUGAACUAAACCACAUUGAUCUCUCCGCCGUGCCGGGUGGUGCCGAGACCUUCGAGAAGGCGGCGAAGUUUUGUUAUGGAAUAAACUUCGAGAUAUCAGUCCAUAACAUAGCCGGACUCUGGUGCACCGCCGAAUACUUGCAGAUGACUAAUGACUGCUGUUGCACCGGCAACCUCGCCGGACGUGCCGAGGAGUUCUUAGUUCACGUUGCAUUCAAAACUCUUUCUGGUUCUGUCAUUGUGCUCAACUCUUGUGAGUCUCUGCUUCCUUUUGCUGAGGAUGUUGCCCUUUUUAAGAGAUGCGUUGAUGUUGUUGCUAUGAAGGCAUGCAACGAGUCAAUUCAUCCAACCCGGGCAACAACCGAGUGGUGGGCCACAGAACUCACCUCACUCAGCCCUAACUCGCUCCAGAAGGUUCUCACCGCCAUGAAAUCCUUCGGUGCUUCUCCCAAAUCCCUCUCCACCGCCAUCACCACCUUCGCCGACUCCUCCCUCUCCGACAUCCUCCUCCGCCCCACCUCCACCUCCACUCCCGUUUCCCUCCCCGAUGAUGCUCUCGCCCACCACCGCGCCGCCCUCGAAUCCCUCGCCGCCAUCCUCCCCUCCUCCCGCGACGCUCCCCUCCCUUUCACCUUCCUCUCCUCCCUCCUCCGCGCCGCCACCUCCCUCUCAGCCUCCCUCUCCUCCCGCCGCGAGAUCGAGCGCCGGAUCUCCGCCGCCCUCGACCAAGCCUCCGCGAGCGACCUCAUCUCUUUGUCCCUCGACGCCACCGGCCAUCGCUUUGGCGAUCUCGAGAGCGUGAGGCGAAUCAUUGCGGGGUUCGUGGAGAAGGAGGCGGCGGCGGCUGGGGGCGGUGGGUUGCUGUUCGGCGGAGGAGCAGUGACUUGCUCGCCGGCGAUGCAGAAGGUUGCCAGGACCUUGGAUGCGUUUGCGGCGGAGAUCUCCACUGAUGAGGAUCUCACCGUUUCGAAGUUCGCCGCCGUCGCCGGAGCUUUGCCGAAGGCCUCCCGCCGCUUCGACGAUGAUGUCUACCGCGCCGUUGAUCUCUAUCUUAAGGCUCAUCCAGGACUAGAUGAACUAGAAAGAGAAAAAGUAUGCAGCGUGAUGGAUCCUUUAAGACUAAGCUAUGAAGCCAGACUCCAUGCCUCACAAAACAAGCGUCUUCCUCUUCAAAUUGUUCUACAUGCACUCUAUCAUGACCAGCUCAAACUCCGCAGCGGCGAAAGUGAGGCCACUGCCACCUCUGCUCAGACUGCUGCAGCCUCCGAAGCCGCCCUUGCUCGAGAGAAUGCCUUGCUCAGAAUGGAACUGGCCAAGAUGAAGAUGUAUGUGUCUGACAUGCAAAAGGAACAUGCAUCAGGGUCUAAAGGAUCUUCAGCAAAGAAGGGGAGUUCUUCUUUCUUUUCUUCAGUUUCAAAGACUCUGGGCAAGUUGAAUCCUUUCAAGAUGCAGGGUUCUAAGGACACUCUUAAUCUUGAUGAUGGUGUUGGUGAGGUUAUUACCAAGCCAAGGAGGAGGAGGUUUUCUAUUUCUUAGAUAUACAAUUACUUCUUGCCAAUUUGCAUACAAUGGUUUGUGUUUUUGUUCUUUUUGUUAUUGUUGUUUAAUUGUGUGUUUAUGUGUAUAUAUAUGCUGAACACUUCAUAGUCUUCAUUGUUAAGAAGAUGAAGUUGUUUGAAUAGGAGUGGGUUUGCUUGUUAUGGAAUGUCUACAAAAGUUAUUCAAUAAUUUUAGUGAGAAGAGUAUCUAAAGAUAA